AUGGUUGGGCUCUUCCCAAGCUCGCAGGCCGUCUAUCAGGCCUUUUGCCCUACGUCACCAUACUACAGGCCUACGGCUGAGCCUUCCACUAAGCCAAACGAACAUCCUCAGAAGCGCCCGCUCUUCCAGUCAUGGAGUGCUGCCGAUACUGCGAAGGAGGUUGGGCAUGCAGCUCAGGAAAAGUAUGCCGAGGCGAGCCAAAAGGCUCAAGCCAAGGUGGGAGGAAUUGAGCUCUAUUCGGCCAAGUACUAUGCUGCUUGCACCGUCGGUGGUAUCAUAGCUUGUGGCGUCACUCACACCGCAGUCACACCUCUUGACCUGGUCAAAUGUCGACGCCAAGUCGAUCCAAACCUCUACAAAGGCAACUUCGAAGCAUGGAAAAAGAUUGGCAGAGCGGAGGGCAUCCGAGGUAUCUUUACCGGUUGGGGCCCUACCUUCGUGGGAUACUCCGUGCAGGGUGCCGGCAAGUAUGGCUUCUACGAGUACUUCAAGCACUUGUACAGCGAGUUGGCCGGAGAGGAGGCUGCCUCCAAGUAUAAGACCAUUCUCUACUUGUCGGCGUCCGCCUCUGCAGAAUUCAUUGCCGAUGUAGGUCUCUGUCCUUUCGAGGCUGUCAAGGUCAGAAUGCAAACCACUAUCCCACCCACUUUCACCGGCACCGUGCAAGGCAUCUCGUCCAUUACUAGCAAAGAAGGCGUCGGCGGUCUGUACAAGGGUCUGUACCCUCUCUGGGGUCGCCAGAUCCCAUACACCAUGAUGAAGUUUGCGUCUUUCGAGAACAUUGUCACUGCCAUCUAUAACUAUCUUCCUGGCCAAAAGUCCGACUACAACAAGGGGGCGCAGACUUUGGUGGCUUUCACUGGUGGUUAUCUUGCUGGUAUUCUCUGUGCUAUUGUGUCACACCCUGCGGAUGUCAUGGUGAGCAAACUGAAUGCCGAUCGUGCUCCUGGUGAAAGCUUUGGCGGUGCCGUGAGUCGCAUCUAUUCCAAGAUUGGCUUCUCCGGCUUGUGGAAUGGUCUGCCCGUGAGAAUUGUGAUGAUCGGUACCUUGACUGGAUUGCAAUGGAUGAUCUACGAUUCUUUCAAGAUCUUCAUGGGAUUGCCCACAACUGGUGGUGGUGACGAGAAGAAGACGGCCAAGGCCUGA